AUGUCCGCUGAACGUAAUAACACGUAUAUCGUGCUCUCGCUGCAACAACGACUGGAAAUUUUAAGGAAGCUGGAAUACGGUGUACCGGUCAGCCAAUUGAUGACGGACUACGGGGUCAGCGUCGCGACGAUUCGCCGUAUAAAGAGAAACUCGGCCCAAUUGCAGCAAACCUCGGCCACUUCGGGGCAGAUUCGCAAGAGGAUGCGAAAGCCUGUGUUGCACGACCUGGACGAUCGUUUGUACGCGUGGUACUUGCAACAACGUGAAAUCGGCGAGCGUAUCACCGACGCCCAGUUCCACAAGAAAGCGUUGAAACUGAACGAACAGUUCGCCGGCCCGUCGACGUUCACUGCUAACAGAGGAUGGAUAUGGCGGUUCAAGAGACGUCACGGUAUCGCCGCCACCAAAACACCCACUGUGACAGAGGAUACCGAUGUUCCGACGAAAGAGCAGGAGGAAUUUAUCCAAGGCUUUCUAUGGCGUCUCAACGAAGAGAAUAUACAGAUCGAACACAUUUAUAGUAUGGACGAGACGAACCUGAUGUGGAAAACACUUCCUCCAAGAGUGUUGGCUCAUACUGGAGAAAAGAAUAUUUUGAAUAACGUACAAACGGACUGUGUCACCGUAGGACUCUGUACGAAUGUCACCGGUAGUCACAAAUUGCCACCUCUGUUCGUUCAUAAGUAUGAGAAACCGAGGGCCCUGAAGCAUUUAAACCAAGAUUGUCUACCGGUUGUUUACAAGACCCAGGAGAACGCUUCGAUAGACAAGGAUGUGUACGACGAUUGGUUGGAGAAUCACUUCAAACCAGCUGUAAGAAGGCAUCAGCUCGAAAACGGUCGCCACGGAAAAGUGUUGCUGCUGGUGGACACUGAUGAUGCUCACAUGCUAGCGAAACCACUAGAGGUGAAAAUGGAAGAAGAUAACAUAAAAGUUGUCUUUCUCCCAGCGGACGCGAAAUCGACCUUGAAUCCAAUGGGUCAGGGAAUCGUGGAGAUGGUGAAGAAAACCUUUCGUCAUCGGGUGUUGCAGAAAGUUUUGGGUCUUCCUUAUGGAGUAACUCAAUUCUACUCGGAUUACGAUAUAAAGGAUUGUAUUGAUACGGUAAACGAGGUGUGGCAGGACGUGUCCCGGGUUGUCAUCCGUGACUCGUGGCAAAAAUUACUGGGCAACAGGGCAAAAGAAGAAAUCUUAGUGAAGGAAGAAGAGCGCGACGCUGACGCGUCGAGCAUUACCGGUAUCCGAGAAACAGUCGGCGCCAUUGUUGGUACGACGAUCAGUCAACAAGAAAUCGAAAAUUGGCUGUCAACGUGUGAAAAAACGGAGGACGAUCCGAAUACCAAAUGCGAGAAAAAAUGUCCCCUCGUUCAGAAGACUCCUUCGUGCCUGGAUGAAGAAGAAGUGGAUCGAACGUUUUCGAAUUUAUUGCUCUGGUCGUUGAAUCAACCUGAGUUUGUUAAGUUGCAGAUACAAGUACUGAAAAAGUAUUACGAAGAAAUGCAUAAACAGAGUGAUCAUAACAUAUUGGAAUAA